AAUAGAAGAAAAAAUAUAAAAGUAAAUAUAAACGAACAUUGGAGCAUGGUGAAUUUGUUAAAAUUCUAUACUGAUAUUGACAAGAAAAAAAUGAGCCAAAGAUCCUUACCAUGCAAAGUCAUUCAAAAAAAACCAAAUAUUGAUUCAUAUCAAGUUGCUUGCCAGUACGGGAUAUUUGAAAAUUGGUAUCCAGCAAGCGAAAUUGAGCUACUUGGGACUUCAGAUUAUCUAUCUUUUAAU